AUGGCUUCUCAGACAGGGCCCUCUUCCGGCACAUCCACUCCAAGAGUGUUCACGGGUCAAGCGGCCUCAGCAGAAGAACUCCUCAAGUCGCAGACCGUUGGCCUUGUGCACCUCGCCGAUUUUCGCAAACGUCGCGCCGAUGUACUUGAACAAAAAGAGAAGGAGGCCCGAGAAGUGUCUGCCGGCCCUCGGCCGCAGGAUGUUGAGGACAGCGACGGUGCGGUAACACGUCGCCCUGAGCAACCACUCAAGAAAAAGAAGAAGGCUGCAAAAGGUCUCCUAUCAUUUGGAGAAGAGGAGGGCGAAGAUGAGAGCACACUUUCAACCCCGGCCUCCAAAAGCCCAAGAACCUCUGCGGAGCCAUCGCCGGAACCAUCCAGUAGCACUCGGAAAUUCACACCUAAUCCAAACUCUACACUUCCGCCUCCAAGAGUCAUGACAAAAGCCGCCCUGGCCGCGGAUGCUGCUGCUAGAGAGAAGUUGAGGCGUGAGUUCUUGGAAAUCCAAGAGGCGGUUAAGCAGACUGAGAUUGCAAUGCCGUUUGUGUUCUAUGACGGGGCAAACAUCCCUGGCGGCACGGUCAAGGUUAAAAAGGGCGAUCACAUAUGGCUCUUUCUUGACCGAUGCCGAAAGCUGGGUGCCGAGCUAGGUGUGUCUGGUAGCGGUGCCAGUCUCAAAAGCAGAGAGGACAGCAGGAGGCAAUGGGCUAGAGUCGGUGUGGAUGAUUUGAUGUGUGUUAGAGGAGAGGUUAUCGUCCCACAUCACUAUGAAUUCUACUAUUUCAUCGCAAACAAGAUUCCCGAUCCGACGAGGAAGGGAAGGCUUUUGUUUGACUAUUCAGGCACCACUCCCAGGACAAGGGGCGACGAGGGGUCCUCGCUGCCCCGUGCGCCGGCAAAGGAGGAGUUAGAGGGCCAGAACGAUGAUCCAACCUUGACCAAAGUGGUUGAUAGACGCUGGUAUGAGAAAAACAAGCACAUUUAUCCCGCCAGUGUAUGGAAAGAGUUCAAGGCUGGUAAGGAGUUUGAGGAGAUAGCAAAGGGUCGCAGGGAUGCACAGGGCAACGCCUUCUUCUUUGGUUAA